AUGAACACCAGCAUCGAAGACUUCGAUCGAUGGCAGGCACACAUUGGUCUGAAAACCUUCGGUGAAGGUUUGAAUGCAGCCGCCAAAGCCAUAUUCCCAAACGAGAGUAGAUCACGGUACACAAAAGUGUAUGUGUUGAUGCUUAGUUGGGCUGAUGAGGAUCCGGACCUCCCGGUAUCCAUCGAAAUCCUCAAACUCUAUAAGGUGUUCAAGGAUAUAUAUCAUUUCGAUGUUGAGGUUUGGAGAAUCCCUGACGAGGCUUGUCAUAUUGAGGUCAACCAAAAGAUCCUGGACUUUGUCAAGCUGGGCGGAGACAGUGAUGACCACUUGAAAAUUGUCUACUAUGCAGGACAUGCUCGUCUCACGAAGAAUAGACGACUAGCUUGGACAAGUGGACAACGCUCUCGAAACGGCAAGACUCCCACUGUACAAUGGAGUGGAAUUCAAAAUGCUUUGGAGCAUUCUCAAAGCGAUGUUUUGAUUUUAUUAGAUUGUUGUCACGCAGGAACAGCGAACAACAACGAAGGUAAUGGAGUCACGGAACUCAUUGCUGCAUGCGCCUACAACUCUCUCGCCAAUGGCGUUGGAUCGUUUUCCUUCACAAGAGAGCUCGAGAUCGAGCUACGAGAACUGGCCAAGUUGCCAUCAUUCUCCAUUGGAAAUCUCUAUCACAACAUAUUUUGUCGUAUCCAAGCUCGCAUGUCGGACGACGAACGAGACCACCCUGCACCUGUCUACCUCCCAUUAACACAAGAAGAUCCACGAUAUCCAAGAAGCAUUCGAUUGUCU